UCUCCUUGGAUCUUUAAAACCCCAUUUACAGAGGAUGCUGUUACAACAACACACUUAUUUGUUUUAGUUUUAUGUGCUUUACUGUUUGCUCUUUCUGGCACACCAAUUCAUUUUCCAGCAGAGACCAUUGUGAGAUCGUAGGCUGGGAGGAUGACAGCUCAAGUGUAUUGCUUGUUUGGUUCUGUUUUAUUGUGUCUGUUUGGAAGCUUGAACAUAACCGAUGCUACUCUAGAUUUGAGCCAUAUUGCCAAGCUGGUGAAGCUGACGGACUUGCUGUCCCAUCAAAGAUGUUCUUCUGAUCGUCGUGUUUCCAUGAAACCAGGUCAAUGUCCUGACCCAAAGAACAUUCCACUGCCUGCUAAAAACUGUGUCCAUGAUGGCCAGUGUCCUGCCACACAGAAAUGUUGCCCAACCACCAGUGGCCAUGGAUGCAGUGAACCAAGCGGCCAGGGAAGCUGUCAGAGCGCGGGCCAGGGAAGCGGCCAGGGCGCCGGACAGGGUGCUGGUCAGGGAAGCGGACAGGGUGCCGGUCAGGGAAGCGGCCAGGGUCAGGGAAGCGGCCUGGGAAGCGGUCAGGGAAGUGGCCAGGGCCAGGGUGCUGGCCAGGGCGCCGGCCAGGGUCAGGGAAGCGGCCAGGGCGCCGGCCAGGGUCAGGGAAGCGGCCAGGGCGCCGGUCAGGGAAGCGGCCAGGGCGCCGGCCAGGGCCAGGGAAGCGGCCAGGGCGCCGGCCAGGGCCAGGGAAGCGGCCAGGGCGCCGGCCAGGGCCAGGGAAGCGGCCAGGGCGCCGGCCAGGGCCAGGGAAGCGGCCAGGGCGCCGGACAGGGCCAGGGAAGCGGACAGGGCGCCGGACAGGGCCAGGGAAGCGGACAGGGUGCGGGAAGUGGACAGGGUGCCGGCCAGGGAAGCGGACAGGGCCAGGGUGCCGGCCAGGGAAGCGGACAGGGUGGUGGUCAGGGAAGCGGUCAGGGCGUGGGUCAGGGAACUGGUUUUGGUCAGGGAAGCGGCUAUGGCCAGGGAACUGGUAGUGGACAGGGAGUUGGUCAGGGAAGCGGCUAUGGCCAGGGAACUGGUAGUGGACAGGGAGUUGGUCAGGGUAGCGGCUACGGUCAGGGAAGCGGCUAUGGCCAGGGAACUGGUAGUGGACAGGGAGUUGGUCAGGGAAGCGGCUAUGGCCAGGGAUCUGGUAGUGGACAGGGAGUUGGUCAGGGAAGCGGCUAUGGCCAGGGAACUGGUAGUGGACAGGGAGUUGGUCAGGGAAGUGGCUACGGUCAGGGAAGCGGCUAUGGCCAGGGAACUGGUAGUGGACAGGGAGUUGGUCAGGGAAGCGGCUACGGUCAGGGAAGCGGCUAUGGCCAGGGGACUGGUAGUGGCCAGGGAGUUGGUCAGGGAAGUGGCUAUGGUCAGGGAAGCGGCUAUGGCCAGGGGACUGGUAGUGGCCAGGGAGUUGGUCAGGGAAGCGGCUACGGCCAGGGAUCUGGUAGUGGACAGGGAGUUGGUCAGGGAAGCGGCUAUGGCCAGGGAACUGGUAGUGGACAGGGAGUUGGUCAGGGAAGUGGCUACGGUCAGGGAAGCGGCUAUGGCCAGGGGACUGGUAGUGGCCAGGGAUUUGGUCAGGGAAGCGGCUACGGUCAGGGAAGCGGCUAUGGCCAGGGGACUGGUAGUGGCCAGGGAGUUGGUCAGGGAAGCGGCUAUGGUCAGGGAAGCGGCUAUGGCCAGGGGACUGGUAGUGGACAGGGAGUUGGUCAGGGAAGUGGCUACGGUCAGGGAAGCGGCUAUGGCCAGGGGACUGGUAGUGGCCAGGGAUUUGGUCAGGGAAGCGGCUACGGUCAGGGAAGCGGCUAUGGCCAGGGGACUGGUAGUGGACAGGGAGUUGGUCAGGGAAGUGGCUACGGUCAGGGAAGCGGCUAUGGCCAGGGGACUGGUAGUGGCCAGGGAGUUGGUCAGGGAAGCGGCUACGGCCAGGGAUCUGGUAGUGGACAGGGAGUUGGUCAGGGAAGCGGCUAUGGCCAGGGAACUGGUAGUGGACAGGGAGUUGGUCAGGGAAGCGGCUAUGGCCAGGGAUCUGGUAGUGGUCAGGGAAGUGGUCCGUGAUGUGGUCAGGGAAAUUGUGGUCUUUGAAACUUUUCUUGGCAUUUUGCAUAACGCCUACUGGAGAUCUUUUCAAUUCAGUGCGGUGUUCAUAAGAAUUUUUCCCUUUUUGCUACAACAUUUCAGAAAGACUGUA